UAAACGGUAUUCGAUCUAAAGAAACAUAAAAAUUAAACACAAGAAACGUUGAUUCGAUCAGAUAUAUAUUGAAAGAGAGAUUUUCGUGUUUUGCUAUUACAAGAGUUUUUUGGUCAUGUAGGAGCCAACCCCCUAAAAUGAGGCAUGCCCCUUAUUUAUAGUGCUGCCCCAUGGGCCUCAUACAACAUAAGAAAUAAUAAAAUAAAGAAAAAGUUCUGAGUUGGAUUAGGUAAACCGUACGGUCUGACACCCGUACGAUUGACAGUUGAACACAGCAGGACGUCAUUGACGCGUGGCAACUGCGCAACGGAUCUUCCGGACUACCGGCCACGAUCAAACGGACAUACGACCUCGAACAACCGGUCAUGGAAGAACCGGACCAAAUGACGCCCUUCCUUUGCUCCGGUCCAAACGCUUCCCCGGCUCGGAAUGGGACCUUCACGCACGUUUUGUCCCUUUCUUCCCUCGGCCUUUGGUCUCUCUGGUUCAGCAUAUAUCCGGUUUUUACCGUAUACACCUUUAACUUGAUGACGUUUUUCAAUUUAAAAAGCCAUGUAGCUUAAUAUGAUUGGCCGCAUAUAUUAUUUAAUUUAAAAAUAAAUUCACCUACUUUUAUAUCCAAACCCGUUAAGCCACCUGUUUCUUUUAACCUCAACUUCUGAUGUCAAUUCACUCUGUGCUAUCACCUCUCAAGAUACUAGGACAUGUUCUUGUAUCUGAUUCUGUUUCCAGUUUCAAGGAGAUUUAUAAGUACACUGGGGAUAAUUUAGGACCAGCUACGGAUGAACCAAUUACAAUUUCGCUGAUUAAUUGGGGGUGUCAACGGGAUCUUAAGAAGGUUUGAGAAAUUGGUCCCUUGGCACGUGAUUUUGUAGCGGAUAGUCAUACACCUAUACCUAUACACUUGCAUAAUUUAAGUGACUAGAGUGAUAGGCUUGUCGUGCUAUACACUAGAAAUGAUAAGCAGCAGGCUGAUUUUGAUGUUUCUGCUUUGGCAAAUGCAAGUGAUUUGAACAGUGACGAUGAGUUUGAAGAGGAGUUUGAUAGUGAAAAUGAUAAUAACAGUGAGAGUGAAGAGGAAGAUGAAGGUGGGACGAGGAAGAAGAGGAGUUUUGGCGGAAAAAAGAGUAAUCCGCUAAGUUUUCCAGGAAAUUAAAGAAACGGGUUGGUUCAAUGGGUUUGGGUUUAAAAGUGAGUGAGUUUAUUUUAAAAUUAAAUAAUAUAUGUGGCCAAUCAUAUUAAGUCAUGUGACUUUUUUAAAUUGAAAAAAGUCAUCAAGUUAAAGGGUGUUAGUUUGAGGGGUAUAAGAAGGGUAUUUGUGAGUCAUUUCUCAUACGUUAAGGGUAUUUUUGACCCUUUUCGGUAUUUUUUAUUAGCAACAUACUAGUAUCAGUUGCUCAUCCUUCACCAAAUUAGAUUAUCUAUAGAUUGUAAUUGUCACAAAUUGUUUUAGUAAUGGAUUUUAGUAGUUUAGCGAUAUAAUGAUUUUCGUCCAUCAUCAAAACCAGUUUUCUUUGAGUAAACAAAGACGCAUUCUUUGAGUAAGUCUGGGAAUACAUACUAGAGAGUAGAGAAGCAGUCUCCUCCUUUACAUUAAUGUCUAGAAAAGGACUAUUUUUCAGCAUGCCUUCUGAUGAGCGUCAAGUCUUCUAUCAACAUAAAUGUACAAUGCAUUCAUUUCAGGGUAAUAUUUAUUCACAUUUGAUGUUACACUAAACCAAUGUAAUUUACUAUGUAGGGUACUUUCUCCGUUUUAAUUUGUUUGUCUUACUCUUUUAUUAAUUUGUUUAAAAAAAAAUAUCUCUUUCCUCUUCUAACAACCUUUUAAUUUCAACUUACAUAUGACAUGUUUAAGAUUACAAAAUUAAAAGUCAUUUUCGUACAUUCUACAUAUCUUUAGUUUAAUACCAUUAGAUUUUAAAGUUUUUUUUAUUAUCUUAAAUUUCGUGUCAAGUCAAAAUCAAACAAACAAAUUAAAAUAGAGGGAGUAAUAUUUGUUCGCAUCAGGUGUUUACACUAAAUCAGUAAAAAUAUGCAUUAUCAUAUGUGUAAACGGGAUAAGUUUUUACCAUAAGCUAGGCUUGUUAAUUUGAAGGAAAAUGAAUAUAAUAUAAACAAAUAUUAGGUACGCGCCGAAAGUGGCACUUGUGCGACUUUGAUAUCUCCUCAAUUCAUUUGUUAGGUACUUUUCCUCCAACCACCCGAAAUAAGUAUUUCCAUCCCAACAUAGGCUUUUCUUUUGCUUUUUUUGCACUCAGGGAUAAAUGAAAAAUUAUCAUGAGAUACAAUUGAAUUUUUUCAAACUAGUUCAAUUCAAAGAUUUUUUCUGUUUUCCAUAUAUGUACAUGCAAUCAUAUUUUUAUCCAUUAACUUGUGAAUUGGUAGAUAAUUGCAUCAAUUGGACAAGGGAAUCUGUCAACAUCUCAAUGUUGUGUCCCAAUUUAUUACCAAACUCCAAUAAUUGCCUUGUUUGAACAUGUCACAACUUUGCUUUUCCUUUGAUAUAAUCAUACGUUGGCAUGCAAUUGAUCGAUGAUUUUGGUUUGCCAUGGUGACAUUUUGUUUCAAUUGUUAACAAGGAUCAAAGAACAUGAAUUAUUCAAAAGUCUAGAGCUUUUUUCUGAUUUUGGGAUAUUCAAUUUAGAGGCAGAAAAAUGUCCAUUCAUCAUCAGGGAAAUGCUGACAGCAACAAUGUUACAGGUUCUUGCCUCUACGAACUUUUGCAAAUGGAAUCAUCUUGUAGUGGUCUUCAACCAGAAAGACGACAGCGUUCUUCGAGUCCUCGACAUAGACUACAGAGGCUGUUGAGUGAAUCUGGCAAUAGAUCCUGUGCAGACUGUGGAUCUCCAGAUCCAAAAUGGGUAUCUUUAAGUCUUGGAGUUUUUAUAUGUAUCAAGUGCUCCGGAGUACAUCGAAGCCUUGGAGUGCACAUAUCGAAGGUUCUAUCAGUGAAGCUCGACGAGUGGACAGACGACCAGGUUGAUAGUAUGAUAGAGAUGGGUGGAAAUACUGCGGCAAACAUGAAGUACGAAGCUUCCAUUCCUGAUAAUUACAGGAAGCCCAGACCCGAGUCAUCAAUAGAAGAGCGUACUGACUUUAUCAGCCUUUCUUGUAGUUUGGCCAUCGAUAAGAGACAUUAUGAGAAGCAAUCCACUGGGCAUCGCAUCCAUGGCAUAGGCCAUGCAUUUCGGAAUAGCUGGAGAAGGAAAGAAUCUGAACACAGGACCACCAAGAAAAGUAACUCGAUGGCAGGUAUGGUUGAAUUUAUAGGAUUAAUAAAAGUCAAUGUGGUGAGAGGGACCAAUCUAGCUGUUCGUGAUGUGGUAACAAGUGAUCCUUAUGUAAUUCUCUCCUUGGGAAGCCAGUCAGUCAAGACGCGUGUCAUAAAGAACAAUCUUAACCCAGUUUGGAAUGAAAAGCUAAUGUUGUCAAUCCCAGAAAAUAUUCCUCCUUUAAAAGUGUUUGUGUAUGACAAGGAUACGUUUACAACGGACGACUUCAUGGGGGAAGCUGAGAUUGAUAUCCAGCCCCUUGUUACUGCUGCAAAAGCAUCUGAAAAUUCAACACUUAGUGAAUCAAUGCUGCUUGGGAAAUGGAAAGCAAGCAAAGACAACACUUUAGUUAAAGAUGGUCUAAUCAGUCUAAUAGAUGGUAAGGUGAAACAGGAGAUUAGUGUGAAGCUUCAGAAUGUUGAAAGAGGAGUACUUGAGAUUGAGCUUGAAUGUGUUCCUCUCACACAAUAGCAGGUGCAAGGAAAGCAAAGACUGAACGAAACUAACUUCAAGCAUAUAUAGCGGUGAUAUUUAACAUGGUUAAUGCUUGGCAGCUAUGUAUGAGGAUCCUCUAUCUGAGCCAAAGUGAAACUUUUGGUUGCAUUUGAGUUAGUCAAGUGCUUCAAACGUGGACGCAUAGAAGAAGGAAACACAAUAUGCAGGCAAAGUUAUAUGAACUUGGUUAUCAUUGCCAGAAUUUUUAGACUGGAUUAGUCGCAAAAAGUGAAUUAUGCUUGUUAGAUGACACUCGUUAUACGUGGCUGAAAUGGUGAAUGGUCGACCAAUUGAAGGGACAAGUGUAGACUAUGGUAGAAAGGCAAGGAAAACUGGAAUGACACCAUCAUUUAACUUUUGCUGUCAUAUUAGACUUUUGAUAUUGCUAGGGCAAGAUAAUUUCUUAAUGAACUGUAUGAUGCAGUAAGAAUGUUCUAACCAAAAAGGCCAUUUGUCUGGCUGUACUAAUGUUCAUUAUAUUACACUUUGUUAUUUUCUUUUUUUCAAAUUGAUGAUAAUACAAUAUUUCAGUAUUAGGACAAUAA